CGGGGGCUCGUUCGGCGUCGCAUCGGGAAGCCCGCGCGCACGCGACGGAGUUCGCGGAAGGGGGCAGCAAACCGUCCGCGUGCACGUUUCUACACGCACUUUCCCAGCGCCGCGGCUCUGCAGCGAUUUACAGCUGAGUUCCCAUUUGACGACACUGGCCAGCCUCCAUAAGAUCCACCACACCUUGCACAAGCUGAACCUGACAGAAGACGUUGGACAGGAUAGCCACCCCUCAGCGUGUUGCUCCAGAAACAUGCCUCCGAGGAAAAAGAGGAGACCCUCAGCCGGAGACGACACGUCGGCCAAAAAAAGUCGCCAAGACAGCGUCUUCAGGAAACAUGAGACGCCACAGAUCCGCGAGGAGGAAACGUUCGCCAGUAAACGAUGUCUGGAGUGGUUCUACGAAUACGCAGGCUGUGAGGACGUGGUGGGUCCGGACGGGAUGGAGAAGUUCUGCGAGGACAUCGGAGUGGAGCCGGAGAACGUGGUGAUGCUGGUUCUGGCCUGGAAGCUGGACGCCCAGAGCAUGGGCUACUUCACCCUGCAGGAAUGGCUGAGGGGGAUGGGCUCGCUGCAGUGUGACUCCACAGAGCGGCUGAGGAACUCUCUGGACUACCUGAGGUCCGUCCUCAACGACAGCACCAGCUUUAAGCUCAUCUAUAGAUACGCCUUCGACUUCGCUCGGGUGAGACACACACACACACACACACACACAUGCACACAAUUGUGGUUGACGCUGUUUCGUGACGCUCUGACCGGACAGGAAAAGGAUCAGAGGAGUUUGGACUUGAACACGGCCAAGUGCAUGCUGGGUCUUCUGCUGGGGAAGACGUGGCCUCUGUUCCCCGUGUUCAACCAGUUCCUGGAGCAAUCUAAGUACAAAGUCAUCAACAAGGACCAAUGGUGCAACGUGUUGGAGUUCAGCAGGACAAUCAACCUGGACCUCAGCAACUACGACGAGGACGGCGCCUGGCCCGUGUUGUUGGACGAGUUCGUGGAAUGGUACAAGGAGAGACAGAUGUCAUAGUCGCCGAGGAAAAGACUCAAACGAAGAGAGGAAAAGGAAAAACAAACAACUGUGACAACAAACGACUGAGUAGCAACAAGCAGCAAGUAAACCGGACAACGUGGCGGAGGAGAGACUGAGGGUGCUUCCUGGUUAAGGAGGGGGGGGGGGGGCGCUGGGUUUGCAUCCCCGGUGCACGCCGCCCGGAGCGCUGCCAUCGUGGAGUUAUAUCCCCGACCAAUGUUGCAUUGUGGGGAAGCUUGCCCCCCCCCCCACACACACACACACACACACACACACACCUGUGUCAUUGCUCUCUCUCACUGUGACCUGUCAUAUUGCUGUGUGUGUGUCUGUCUGUGUGUGUGUGUGUCUGUCUGUGUGUGUGUGUGUUUGGUUUUGAGAACCAAUCCGUUGAUGCAUUUGUGUCGGCGUCUCAGACGAGGUCCGAAUCGACGUUUAUAAUAAUAUCAAUGGUGGACAUUUUGUAUUAUUGUCGUAUUUUUUGAGUUCUUCAAGAAGAAGAAGAACACUGUGUCAAAGGUCAAAGGCCGGUCACAGGCUCCAGGCUCCUGGUUUCUAUGCCGUUUACUCUUGAUUUGUGCCAGUCUUUCCUUUUAUUUCCUUUUUUAAUGUCUUUUGUUCCUCCCCCUGUUACUGCUCCAGCUGAUGCUAACAACCCCCCCCCCCCCCCCCCCCUCAGACAAAUCAUCUUUGCUGCUCAUAACUCUUUGAUGAGCGCUCUGCUCGCCGUUCAUCGUGGUCUACGUUGUAGGUGAGAGUUUUAUUGUGCCUCGACACAUGGAAGUCACACAUACCAAGAAACCCCAAUGUGUGUGUACACACACACACACACACAAGUGGUCAGGGAUUCCUUCAGGAUGCAUUCAGACUGUAAUGAGUCCAUGUGGUCUCGAUGCGGGGCUUCGGAUGUGUCCUCUGAUAGUUCCUCACUAGUAGCAUCUCUCUGACCCCCCCCACAGGUCCUUAAAGGACCAGAAUCUCCUCAGGACCAGGUCCUUAAAGGACCAGACCCUCCUCAGGACCAGGUCCUUAAAGGACCAGAAUCUCCUCAGGACCAGGUCCUUAAAGGACCAGACCCUCCUCAUGACCAGACCCUCCUUAGGACCAGGUUCUAAAGGCCUGAGCACAAAGGUAGGUUUGCUGAAAGCGUUUCUUUUCGUUGGGACUUGGAGGACUUUGAGGACUCUGAGGGUCUGGAUCUGCGUUUCUUUUCGGUGUGAAGUUCUCGUACAUCUUGGUCGUUGGCCGCGAUGCUGAAUCGUGGAGAUUUAAUCUUUGAAUGCGUGCUCCGGCAGCCUUUCUGUGAAUGGAUGAGAUUAUUUUAUUUUAUUCAAGACUUUUUCAUUUUUUUUGUACAGGAAUUGUGUUUUUAGGCUUAAUUCUUUUGGAUAUUCGCGAUCAUAAACUAUGAAUUCUGUUGAACAUGAUCGUGUCUCUGGAGACCUGCAACACCCCCGUAACCCGGCGGGUCCUGCACAGAGCUUCAGGCGGCUGCAGCCGGGGUCCAAUUUUAUUUAUUCAUUAUUUUAUUCACAUGAUGAUUUCAUGCAUUGAGAAUCAGCCGUGAAGCCGAAACGCAUUGAAAUGCAUUGAAACUACAAGAGCGACUCCGUUGAGAAGGAGGUAGUUGUUGGGUUGCUUACCAAAUACUGUGUAGAGAUCAAUGUUUUAGUAUUCCUCCCGUGGCGACGCCCUCGCCCCGACUGUAUAUAUGUAUGUAAACUAUGUGUCUCUAUGUCUGUUUUCAUUAUAACCUAAUGUCUAUAUACAGAAAUAAAAAGGUUUAUUAACUUA